AACCUCUCGAGCAAUAGUGACGUCAUGCGCGCUCACGAGUGCCAGCAUCAGGACCACUCGGGCUGUGCACGCCCACAGCCAGUUCUUGUGCUGCUUUCACUGUCUUCUCUGGAGCUCCGACCGCGGCUGUCCGGCACAAAACUGCCCGCGAUGUUGGACCUGUCAGGCGGGUGGAACCUGUCCUUUGCGGGCUGCGGCUUCCUGGGGAUCUACCACAUCGGGGUGGCCAGCUGUCUGCUGGAGAAAGCCCCCCACCUGGUGAAGGGGGCCACCAGGUUGUACGGAGCCUCAGCCGGAGCCCUGACCGCGUCCGUGCUCGCGAGCCAGGCAUGCAUAGCAAAGUGUUGUGAGGAUGUGAUCGAGGUAGCAAAGGAGGCCCGGAAGAGGAACCUGGGGCCACUGCACCCCACCUUCAACCUGGUGAAAGUGCUGAGGUCCGGCCUAAACCGGGACCUGCCCUCUGACGCGCACGUGCGGGCAUCUGGGAGGCUGUGCGUGUCCCUGACACGCGUGUCAGACGGGCAGAAUGUUCUAGUGUCUGACUUCAGCUCCAAGGAGGAGCUCAUUCAGGCGCUCAUCUGUAGCUGCUUCAUCCCCAUCUACUGUGGCCUAAUCCCGCCCUCCUUCAGAGGAGCGCGCUAUGUGGAUGGAGGGAUCAGCGACAACCUGCCGCUGUCGGAGCUGAAGAACACCAUCACCAUUUCACCCUUCUCCGGAGAGAACGACAUCUGUCCUCGGGACAAUUCCAGCAGCUUCCACGAGCUGCGUUUCACCAACACCAGCAUCCAGAUGAACAUGGGCAACAUGUACCGCCUCAGCCAGGCGCUGUUUCCGCCAGAACCCAAGGUGCUGGCAGAGAUGUGCCAAAAUGGCUACAAGGAUGCUCUGCGCUUCCUGGAAGAAAACAACCUGCUGAUGCUUGAGUGUCCGACGGCCGGUCCCACGACAUCCAACCCCCUCGCUGGCUGCUGCAGGGCCACAGAGACCACCAGAGACUGGAUCCUGAGGAGACUCCGGCUGCUGCAGCAGAAACACUGGUGGCUGGACGAGCACAUCACUCUGCCCACACACCUAAAGAAAGUGUUCUGCGAGGCCUGUCAGGACAGGUCGGGUGUGUACUCCACGGUCUCUGCCAUGCUUCCUCUGAGGGUAGCCUCCUACAUGCUCAUGCCCUACACGCUCCCUGUGCAGUCGGCGUACUCGGUCGCUCAGAGGUUGGUGGAGUGGAUUCCGGAGGUUCCCGCUGACAUGCAAUGGCUAGUGGGUGUGGCCGGUGACGUGUACAAACACUUCUGGAGACCGAAACCAGACUGCUCGAUCAGUGAGCUGGGACUCAGGAAGUGCAUGAGCGUGCCCCCGCUGCCUUCAGAAAGCCCCGCCUUCAAAGAUAUACCGCCCGCCGUCUCCGCCCUCCAGCUCCAGGACAACUACUGGGACGUCCCAAACUCCUCAUCCUCACCAUCAUCGCUCCCCCAGCAUCCUGUCAGCGCCCCCUCCUCCCCACAAGUCUGCUUCUUUGUGGGCUCCCAGGACGAAUCCUUCGGUGACGCAGAGCAGUGACGGAUGCUGGGGUUGGGCGUUCUGUGAGGGGUUUAGGUGCAUGAAUGACUGGUUGGUAAAGGGGACCCCCCCCCUCUGCAGUGAGCUGCAACAACACCCUCAGGACACAAACACGCAGACUUGACUCUGCAGUUCUUCUCUUCAACAUUUCCUCAGACGCGUUCAUCAUCUGCUCUCUUCAGAGACAAAACUUGGUUAUGAACCACAAAAACAUCCCCAAUGCUUGGGCUGAAGGAAGCGCUCCCGGUGCAGAGCGGGACAUGAUCCUGCACUGGGAGGAACCAUCUCAGACCUGCAAGGCUGAUCCAUCCCCUGGAAAAGUCAGACGUCUUAUGGCACCCAUGACUGUGAGACAACUAUGGCCUGAUUAGGGAGGCUUAAGUAUGGAAGUGAAGAAGAUGGAUAAGACCUGUCACAGGAGAUCAAACGGUUUAUGGUAAUAAGACAGAUUUAUUGUGCGUGUCAGAGGAAGAAAUGAAACAGUUUUCAAAAUAUUGCCAGGGGGGGGGGGGGGGGGGUAAAAUUGACAAGGAGGAGGCUCAGGACAGAGCCCUGAGGAACACCUGAAGUGAAUGCAGCGGAUUAUGUGAAUGCAACCUGAAAGGUUAUGAUUUAAAGCAGCCCAAGGUUGUGAGGAUAGAGGAUGAUGACAAGAGAGAUGGUGGAGCCGGUUCGUGACUACUUUUUCUAGAAUUUUGGAGAUAAUAGGUGGAUGAGGGAUUGGACAGAGGUUAUUUUAGCUAUUUUAGAGGAGCUUUGAAGACUUGCAUGCAGGGAGCAUUUGAUGGGAUCUGCAGGGACAGGAGGACGAAAUGUUCGGGAUGUUCCGACGGCGUGUCUCGCAGUUGUGGCAGUGCACAGAAGGGAGCCUCUGCGGUUUGAACCAGCCGUCAUUCAGUCCACCAAAGAGCAGCAUCGUUCAGUUCUACAGGAAAGCUGACUUUGGGGCUGUUCAGGGAUGGAAGCACUGAUGUUUCCAGACUCUGUGUGGGGCUUUGAAUGCAUCACCUUCAAGAGAACCCUGAAACAGCAUUGAAAGGAUUACUAAAAGCACAUCUCUGCCUCCAUCUGUCUCUACACAGAUUAUGAUUAAAUUACCACCACAAACAUAAUUCUUCUGUUGACAGAAACGCGAUGACGUUUGAAUCAAAACAGCCAUCCUUACACAAGCUAAUAGAAAAGAUUUGAUUGAGACACGAUCAAAUACAAUAUUAUUUAGUAAUUUUUAUGUAUUUUUGAUUCUUCAGACAUCUGUUCACAUUUUAGCUAAAGCGAGAGUGGAACCCACUUCUUCAGUCAAAGUUUUUAUGAGAUAUCUCCAUGACUUAAGUGCUGUGUUGCAAUAAAUCUCAUUUCAAUCAUUUA